CAAGCUCAAAACUCAAAGUCUCUAUCUAUCUACGGGGAGUAUCAUCCUCAUUCAUCAUCAGCUUCUAUCACCCUCUGUUUGAGAAUAUGAAGAGGACACAUCUGGCAAGUUUCAGCAGCAAAAACAAAACCCAAGAAGAAAAAGAAGGUGACACUAGUGGUAACGACAGAGUCAUCAUGAAUCUCUACAAUAGCUAUGAAGCUGGGCUGAUCCCAUGGCCUCCAAAGAACUACACUUGCAGCUUCUGCAGGAGAGAUUUUAGAUCUGCUCAAGCACUUGGAGGCCACAUGAAUGUUCACAGAAGAGACAGAGCAAAACUCAGACAGAUCCCUUCUUGGCUAUUUGAACCUCACCAACACGUACCUGUUCGCAACUCUAACCCUAAUUUUAGCUCCUCCUCUUCUCCAGCAACUCCAGCGCAUCUUGAGCCUUCCCUAACCAACCAAAUACCCAAAACGACUUCUUUUUCUUCUGACCGGUUCGAUCUUUGGGAUAAUAAUACUAGCUAUGGAGGUUUGAUGGUGGAAAGAGAGAAGAACAAGAGCAAUGUGUGUAGCAGAGAGCUCGAGAAGAGUGCCAUAGAUUCAUGCCAUGCUGCAAGAUGUGAAAUAAGUCGUGGGGAUCUGAUGAACAAGAAACAUGGAGCCACGAGGUUGGAGCUUGGGAUGGAUUUGAGGAAUCCAAAACAAGUUCUUGAUUUGGAGCUUCGACUUGGCUGCCUUUAAAUAACUUUAAUUAAUAAUUUAACUACAAGAUUUAUCAUUUAUAUGUAAGGUAUGUAUGUAUUGCUGAGGCAGUGAGUAAGAGAUUGUGAUUUCAUUUAGGCUAAUGAAAUUUUAUGGUAUUACGUGCAUUUUAAGUAUAUUUAAGAUUUAAAAAAUAAAUAAACAAA